AUUCAGCAAGAUUGGCCACUCAUAUCCGGUUUUAAGAUCGAUCGCUAUGCGCUGUUACCUGGUAGUAAAUUGCAGUUACACACCUUCUGUGACGCAUCUGAAGCAGCUUACGGGGCCUGCAUUUAUGUUCGUUGCGAAAGUGAGCAAGGGGAAGUUCGCACCACUUUACUUUCAUCCAAGUCGCGAGUGGCACCACUUAAGCGUGUCACACUACCUCGACUGGAACUGUGUGCUGCAGUAUUAGGCGCUCAUCUUUACGAUCGAGUCAAGAAGGCGAUGGGACUACACGCAGCAGAAGUAUUCUUUUGGUCCGAUUCUACCGUCACGUUAAAGUGGAUCAGCGCCUCACCUAACACGUGGGCAACGUUCGUAGGCAACCGAGUAUCGGAGGUGCAGCAUUAUACUCAUCCUCGUCAGUGGAGGCAUGUUCCCGGCUCAACUAACCCUGCCGAUCUGGUCUCACGCGGCAUGUCAGCAGCAGAUUUCCUGCAGAGCAAGCUGUGGAGUUGCGGUCCGGAAUGGCUAGCACUACCCGCAUCCAACUGGCCCAACUGUAAUCCUGAACCAGCUGAAGAUACGAAUCUCGAAAUUCGUCAGGUGAGUGCCGCCUAUGUAAACACCAUCACUAACCCUUGGUUUACGUUGUGUUCCAGCUACACGCGAUUGUUGCGCAUCGUUGCAUACUGCAUUCGCUUCACACGUAACACUAAGGAGAAGGCACGCACUCAACGAACACCAACACACUUCGCAUCACCUUUAGUCAUCACUCCCGAAUACAUGGAAGCUGCUAAAACUGUGCUAUGUCGUUUAGCACAGCAAGACGCAUUUUCAGCGGAGCUACGGCAAUUGGCAAAAGGUGAAGCAAUAGGAAGACAAUCACCACUACGGCGACUCAACCCAUUCCUCGACGAGCAAGGAAUAAUACGAGUAGGAGGACGAUUGAAGCUUUCGCAGCUUCCCUACCAAUCCCAGCAUCCCAUAGUACUUCCUAAGUAGCACAAAUUCGCACAUCUAAUUGCAACCUACUAUCACGAGCAACUUAUGCAUGGCGGCGGAAGAUUAUUGCUGUCGCAAAUAAGGGAAGCAUAUUGGCCACUGGACGGAAGGU